AUGAUUCUUGAUUAUAGUUCAACAUUAACUUAUUGUCCAACGAAUAAACGUGAAGCAGCUAAAAAACAUAAUGAUGUUAUUACAAUCCCAAAUCGAGAUCAUUGUCUUGUUCAUAUGACUAAAUCAAAAGUUGAAAUAAACCAUUUGAAAUCGUUUAGAUUCGAUUAUACAUUUGACGAGAAAGCUUCCACAGAACUUAUGUAUCAUUAUACAGCGGCUCCAUUCAUCGAUACAAUUUUUAAUGGUGGUAAUGUUACUGUUUUUGCUUAUGGUAAAACAUUUACAAUGGAUGGAGAUCUAUCAUCAGCAAACACCGAUUAUUCACAUGGUGUCUAUGCACACACAGCAAGUGAUAUAUUUCAUCGUUUAUCAAAACCACAAUAUCGUUCAUCCAUUGAAAUGCUUGUAACAUUUUAUGAAAUAUAUUGGGGCAAAGUUUUUGAUUUACUCUACGAUAAAAAAAACGCUUACGUGUAUUAG